AAGAGGAGCAAAGAUGGCGGACAACAAAGGCCAAGAUUGUACGGAGAGCUCCGCAAAUAUGGAGGUAGAGGCGUCGGGGACGGAAGAAAACGGAGACGGUGGCGCAAAAGAGCCUGAGGCGGUUGUUUCAAUCGACACGGAGCCGAAAGAAGCAGCAGACGAGGCCAAAUCUCAAGAGACCGUUCCCCAGGCGCCGACGACAUCCAGCGAUAGCAGCAGCAGUGGCGGCGGCGGCGAAGCUACAGACGGGACCCCGAAUGCUGAAAGCGCGGAUCCUCCUCCUCCACCACCACCACCUCCGCCGCCGCCACCGUCCACCCCAGCGGACAGCACCGCAGCUGCCGCAUCACCCGCUGUGGUUACCGAGAUGUCGCCUCCUCCACCAGCAUCCACAUCUUCAUCAUCUUCCACCCCUGCCGCCCCGAUAAACCUGCUGGAUACGUGCGCUGUGUGUAAACAGAGUCUCCAGAACCGCGACUGUGAACCCAAACUCCUGCCCUGCUUGCACUCCUUUUGCCUCAAGUGCAUCCCACAGCCCGAUCGUAAGAUCACCAUGCCGGUGCAAGGCCCCCACGGACAGGACACUCGAAUCGUGAACGUCAUGCGUUGUACGGUGUGCCAUCAGGACUACAAACAGAUUGACAUGGUGGACAAUUACUUCGUCAAGGACACUUCAGAGGCCACAAACACGUCAGUGGAGAACUCGACACAGGUGUGCACCAGCUGUGAAGAUAAUGCCAGUGCUAUUGGAUUCUGCGUUGAAUGUGGAGAGUGGCUCUGCAAAACUUGCAUCGAAGCGCACCAAAGGGUCAAAUUUACCAAGGACCAUAAAAUACGCAAAAAAGAGGAAGUGUCUCCUGAGUCUGUUGGGACAUCAGGCCAGAGACCAGUUUUCUGUCCGGUACACAAACAAGAGGCCCUCAAGCUCUUCUGUGAGACCUGCGACACUCUGACCUGCAGAGACUGCCAGCUACUUGAACACAAAGAACACAGGUACCAGUUUCUAGAUGAAGCCUGUCAAAACCAGAAAGGCAUCAUUGCGACAUUCAUGACUAAGUUACAGGAGAAGAGAGGCUUAGUGGAGUACUCUGCAUCUGAAGUGCAAAAAAGACUCAAAGAAGUUGCUGAGACGCAUAAGAAGGUGGAACAUGAGAUAAAGAUAGCAGUCUUUACUCUUAUCAAUGAAAUCAACAAGAAGGGGAAAUCUCUGCUGCAGCAGUUGGAGAGUGUGACCAAAGACAGGAGCAUGAAGCUGCUGAGCCAACAGAGGGACAUCAGUGUUCUGGCCCAGCAGAUCAUCCAUGUGCUCAACUUCACCAACUGGGCCAUCACUAACGGCAGCAGCACUGCCCUGCUCUACAGCAAGAGACUGAUCACGUACCAGCUGCGUCUGAUUAUGAAGGCCCGUGUGGAUGCAGUACCUCCAGCUAAUGGAGCAGUUCGCUUCUUCUGUGACCCAACCUUUUGGGCCAAGAAUGUGGUUAACCUUGGCAAUCUAGUCAUUGAAAAAGUUGCUCCUACUGCUCCUCCGUCCAACAUGAUGGUCAAUCAGCAGAUCUCUCCCGGUCACAACCACCCAGGUAAGCACUCAGGACAGAUCAACCUGGCCCAGCUGAGGCUGCAGCACAUGCAGCAGGCAGCGAUUGCUCAGAAACAUCAGCAGCAACACCAACACCACCAACAACAACAACACCAACACCAACAACAGCAGCAGCAACAACAACAACAACAACAACAACAGCAGCAGCAACAACAACAACAGCAACACCAGCAACAAAUUCAGCAGCAGAUGCGCAUCGCCUCUCAGAUGUCCCAGCAUCCCAGACAAGGAGCUCCACAAAUGAUUCAGCAACCUCCUCCGAGACUCAUUAGUAUGCAGGCCCUCCACAGGGGCGGAGUUAAUGGUUCCUCCCACAUGUUUCCGCCUCAUCACCUGCGCAUGGUGUCAGCGCAGAACCGCAUGCCUUCUGCUCAACCUCGACUCAAUGGCCAGCCAUAUCCCAUGAUGCAACCUCAACUUCAGAGACAGCACUCUAAUCCUGGGCAUGCGGGUCCAUUCCCUGUGGCGUCGCUACACAACAUUAGUGCUGCCAACCCCACCAGUCCCACCAGUGCCAGUAUGGCCAAUGCCCAUAUGCACCGCGGCCCCUCCAGUCCUGUUAUCACCCCUAUAGAGCUCAUACCGUCAGUCACCAACCCUGAGAACCUGCCCUGCCUACCCGACAUCCCUCCUAUUCAGCUUGAAGAUGCCGGCUCUAGCACACUGGAUAAUAUCCUAAGUCGGUAUAUUUCUGCUAAUGCAUAUCCUACUGUCGGACCCACAAACCCAUCGCCAGGACCUUCCACACAUUCUCCGGGAUCGUCAGGUUUAUCUAAUUCUCACACUCCAGCUCGUCCAUCCAGCACGUCAAGUACAGGCAGUCGGGGCAGUUCUGGAACCACAGUGGACCAGGUGAAGGUCAAACAGGAGCCAGGAGUUGAGGAAGAAUGUAGCUAUACUGGAGCAAACGUCAAAACUGAACGAACUAAAGAUGGCAGACGGAGCGCUUGUAUGAUGAGCAGUCCAGAAGGAAGUUUAACUCCCCCUCUCCCCAUCCUUGGCUCCGUGUCCACCGGCUCAGUCCAGGACAUUUUAAGGACACUUGGUGAAAACGUUAAAUCUGAACCACAGAGCGAUAACCUUUCCUCCUGCACGAACCCGAACUCCAGAGCAACUCUAACCAAUGGGACCAGCGGGUCGAAUGGAGGCCAGCGAGGCGGCACUACUAAUGCUAACAGUCAGACCACUGCGGGAAAGGAAGACGACCCGAAUGAAGACUGGUGUGCUGUUUGUCAGAACGGAGGAGAACUGCUGUGCUGCGAUCACUGUCCCAAAGUCUUCCACAUAACCUGUCAUAUCCCAACACUCAAAUCCUCUCCCAGUGGGGAUUGGAUGUGCACGUUCUGCAGAAAUCUCGCAAAUCCAGAGAUCGAGUACAACUGUGAUGACGAUCCACCCAGAAACAAAGAAAAAAAUGAGAUGGCAAUGAGUCCAGAAGAACAAAGGCGAUGUGAGCGUCUGCUGCUGCAUGUUUUCUGUCAUGAGCUCAGCACAGAGUUUCAAGAGCCCGUUCCUACCUCGGUUCCUAAUUACUAUAAAAUAAUAAAGCAUCCGAUGGAUUUGACCCUGGUGAAGCGGAAACUACAGAGAAAGCAUCCUCUGCAUUACAAGAGCCCUAAAGAGUUUGUGUCGGACGUGCGCCUUGUCUUUAGCAAUUGUGCCAAAUAUAAUGAGAUGUCUCGAAUAAUCCAGGUUUAUGAUGAGGAGAAACAGAGUAAUGUCCAGGCCGAUUCGGAAGUGGCAGAAGCUGGAAAAGCCGUGAGUCUGUACUUUGAGGAGCGAUUGCUGGAGAUUUUUCCAGAGCAGACGUUCCCGGUGGUGAUGGAGAAGGAAACUCAAAUCGAGGCCGAAAAGGAGGAUUCGGACGACUCCGAUGAUGACAUCAUACAACCCAAACGCAAACGCUUAAAAGUGGACACAGAGAUGCUGCUGCACAUCAAGUGAGGAAGAAGAUCAUGAGGAAACGUCUGAAAGAAAUAAACCGUCUUCCUCUCAAGCUCAGUCUUAUUCUGGAGUAGGAUAAUGCUGGAACUGAUGAUUCGUUUGCUUGAUGUUCUGCUCAGAAACGCUGUCGAUUGGUUGUACAUAUUGCUUGAGACUUUUCAACCCUGCAUUGUGGACACUGGACGAACAGUUGGGUGCGGAUAAAGAUGCUUGUACAGAUUUAAACAGUCUCGUUUUGGUCUGAUUUAGUAAAUAUCAAGCUUUUCUUUUCUUUGGUUUUUCUUAAACCGAGCUAUUAUUAUUAUUAUUAUUAUAUUUGUAAAUCUAUUGUCAAUGAUACUUUAUAAAUGAUAAACUCUUCUCUCCCCUUGGUUGUAUGAUAAAGUUUAUCAUAUAUGGUCCACCUGAUUCCUUUGCAUGUGUAUUUUCUUAUUCCUGCAGUUGAAAGAUCCCUUCGACAGGAGAAGGUUUUAACUUUAUUUUCAAUAAAACGGUGAGCUCUGGA